AUGGGUGAGAAAACGAAGGAAGCGCGAGUUCAAGUUGUCAACUCAUCCUUGCUACUAGGUUACGAUGGAAUUGAUGAAGCUGUAUUGAGUACAACUCUUGUGGGGUUGCAUCAGAGGCUUGGUCAUCUUGGGUACGAUACUGUCGAGCGCGUGGCCGACUCUAAAGGAUCGGGCAUGUACCUAACGGACCAAGCCAGGUUAAAUUGUAUUACUUGUGCAGAAGGCAAGCAGAGCAAAAACAACCAGUCCAAGAAGGAUACAGGCAAGAUCGCGUUUAUUGACAAGCUUGGUGGUGUGAUCGGCAGUGAUAUCAAGGGACCAAUGACACCACUAGAUCGACGUGGUAAUCGUUACCUAAUCAACUUCGUCGACUACUUAACAAAUUAUGUCCGCGUGCUCCUGGCCAAGAACAAGAUUGAGGCGACAAAGAACUUCAAACAUUUUCUGCUUUAUUUUAAGAAGAGAUUUAAGUGUCGAGUUCAUGUGCUGCGGACGGACGGUGGCAAGGAGCAUGUCAAUGUCGACAUGUUCUGCAAGUCAGUUGGUGUAAGGCGCCAAGUGAGUGAGGCUUUAAAUCAGGCAUCGAGCGGAAAGGCUGAAAUGAUGCACAGGACGGUACUCAACAUGGCAAGAUGCAUGCUAUUUGCGAGCGGGCUACCUUUAUUCUUUUGGGGGGAUGCCGUUGAGUACGCUGACUAUGUUUUGAAUCGAAGCUCGUGUAGCGCUAACCCCAAGCGCUUAUCGCCGCUAGAAAUGUUGACUGGAACAAUUCCGAACACGGCGGACAUUAUAACAUUUGGAAGCUCUUGCUCAACGUUCAGGGAUCCUGGGAAGAAAGCAUGGAAGUCACGGUCUCAAGUUGGAAUGAUUAUUGGCAAGAAUGAUGAAACUAAGGGCUUCAAAGUCUACCUGCCGAAGGAGAAAAUUGUGAUUGCUACUCAGCAUAUUCGUAACAUCGAAACGCUAAAUAGCGCACAGAACGCUCAGCUACAAAAACGGAUCGAAAACGAAUAUUUUAUGCUGCGGCGCGCCGAGAUGGAUCGUGACGAAAUUCCGAAACGGAAGGAGCUGCAAAUUUAA